GCCGCGGUGCGCCGGUCCGGACAGCCGGAGGACAUGGAGCGGUUUUAGGAGAAGCUGGACGGAUAGAACCUGGAGGAGGAACCCUUUUCAGACCAAACAGUAACCGGGACGACGUUCAAGUUUGGAGUCCAGCAGGUGGAACUCAUCAUUAAUUGUUGCACUUUUCGCUGCAGCUGAAUUCUGGACCAGAACCAAGGAGCCGCCGUGAAACUGUGGACCUCCUCCUUCAGACAGCCUUUCUCCUCUGGAUCUUAUGGCUGAAAUGCUGAAUCCGCCGGCUCUGCUGAGCAUGCCCCGGAGCCCCACCUCCAGUGAGGAUGAGAUGGCCCAAAGCUUUUCUGACUACUCCGACGACUGUGCCUCCGACAGCUCCCGCGAAGAAACCAUCUACGAGACGAUAAGGGCGACCGUAGAGCCAUCGCAGAACCACAUGGACGACAUUCACACGAACUCGCUGGUGAUCCGGGUCCUCAUACCGGACCUGCAGCAGACGAAAUGCAUGCGGUUCAACCCAGACGCGACGGUCUGGAUCGCCAAACAGCGGAUUCUAUGCACACUCAAUCAGACCCUGAAAGAUGUACUGAACUAUGGGCUCUUCCAGCCGGCGAGCAACGGGAGGGACGGCAAGUUCCUCGACGAAGAGCGCCUCCUUCGAGAGUACCCACAGCCAUUCAGCAAGGGGGUCCCCUGUUUGGAGUUUCGUUACAAGAGCAGAGUCUACAGGCAACCCAACAUUGAUGAGAAGCAGAUUGCCAAACUUCAUACAAAGGCCAACCUGAGGAAGUUCAUGGACUUCAUUCAACAUAAUCAGGUGGACAAAGUGGGAAAAAUGUUGGAGAGAGGCCUUGAUCCCAACUAUCAUGACAGCGAUACUGGUGAGAACCCGCUAACACUUGCAGCACAGCUGGACAACGCUGUGGAGAUGAUCAAGGUGCUGAAGAACGGUGGAGCUCAUCUGGACUUUAGGGCCAAGGAUGGCAUGACUUCCCUUCACAAAGCUGCCCGGUCCAAGAACCAGGUUAUACUCAUGACGCUGUUGGAGUUAGGAGCGUCUCCAGACUACAAGGACAGCCGCGGCCUGACGCCUCUGUACCACAGCGUGGUGGUGGGAGGAGACCCUGGUUGCUGCGAGCUCCUGCUGAACCACCACGCCUCCGUCUGCUGCCAAGAUGAGAAUGGCUGGCACGAGGUUCACCAGGCCUGCCGUCACGGCCAUGUGCAGCAUCUGGAACAUCUGCUGUUCUACGGAGCCAUGAUGAGGGCCCAAAACGCCUCAGGAAACACUGCCCUGCACAUCUGUGCCCUCUACAACCAGGAUAACUGUGCUAGAGUGCUGCUGGUCCGUGGAGCUGACAAAGAAGUGAAGAACUACAACAGCCAGACUCCAUUUCAGGUAGCCAUUAUUGCUGGAAACUUUGAGCUCGCUGAACUCAUCAAGAACCACAAAGACUCUGAUAUAGUGCCUUUCCGCGAGGCUCCAGCUUACUCCAAACGCCGGCGAGGUCCGUCCUCUGGCAGUGGAAACGGCCAAUCCCUGUCCUCGCUAACAGCGCCACGGGUCCUCCUGCGCUCCAACAGCGACAACAAUCUUUCUGUAAGCCAGUACCAGCAGCAGCACGGUUCUCCUGGAAACUGGGCCCCCCAACUGCAGCAACACCAACACGCCCAGACCCACCAACACAGGGCCCCCCAGCAGGGUCACUCGCAGCCUGGCUCCUCAGCUUUACACCGCAGCCUGUCCCCCCAGCUGGUCCAGCAGAUGCCCAGCGGCAGCCCCAAUGGCAACGUGGUGGUCCGAACUAUGGGGAGGGGGGCAAGGAGCCGCUCGCCCUCCCUCAGCCGGCUGGGGGAGGAGAACAGACGUGCUCAGACUUCGCAGCGGCAGCCCAAUCCCAGCAGUCACAGUGAGGCGGUCGGCCCCAGGAGAAAGCUGUACAGCGCCGUUCCAGGCAGACACUUUGUGGUGGUUCGUUCUUACACCACCCAUGCUGAGGGAGAGAUCAACUUGUACAAAGGAGACAGGGUCAAAGUUCUGAGCAUCGGAGAGGGAGGGUUCUGGGAGGGCAGCGCCCGCGGCCAGGUGGGCUGGUUCCCGGCCGACUGCGUGGAGGAGAUCCCUGCCAAGGCCACUGAGGAGAGAACCUAUUCGCGAGCCGAUCGGGCCGACAGACGGAAGCUCUUCCGACAUUAUACUGUAGGCUCGUACGACAGCUUUGACGCCUCGAGUGACUGCGUGGUGGACGAGAAGACGGUGGUGCUCCAAAAGAAGGAGAAUGAGGGCUUCGGCUUCGUCCUGCGUGGGGCCAAAGCCGAUACUCCCAUCGAGGAGUUCACCCCCACACCGGCCUUCCCGGCCCUGCAAUACCUGGAGUCGGUGGAUGAAGGCGGAGUGGCCUGGCAGGCGGGGCUCCGGACGGGGGACUUCCUCAUCGAGGUGAACCAGGAGAACGUGGUGAAAGUGGGCCACAGGCAGGUGGUCAACAUGAUCCGCCAGGGAGGAAACCGGCUUCUGAUCAAAGUGGUGACGGUGAGCCGGAAUCUGGACCCUGAUGACACGGCACGCAAAAAAGCUCCUCCACCACCAAAGAGAGCCCCCACCACCACCUUGUCCAUGCGCUCCAAGUCCAUGACCUCUGAGCUGGAGGAACUCGUGGAUAAAGCCACACUAAGGAAAAAGAAAGGUGAUGUGCAGAAGAAGAGGAUUGUUUUCCAAGUCACUCUAAAUAAAGUUGAAGAGAUGACUCACGCCCAGAAGAGCUCACCUGUGGACACAAAGAUCGCCACGAUCAAACCUCGCCCUUCCAGUCGCUGCUUGGUCACUCCUACAGACAUGAAUUCCAUGUAUCACGACCGUCAGGGAGUAGCAGUGGUGCCGCCCACUGUGCCAGGACCCUACCUGGGGAUCCCAGAAAAGGGCACCAUGAGGAAGCAGAAGUCUAUCGGUACAUCGGAGGAUGAUAAACAGGGACUCCUCACGCCUCCCCUGCUCAAGUUCUCCCGCAGCCUCUCGAUGCCCGACACCUCAGAGGACAUCCCGCCUCCCCCAGCGAUUUCACCACCUUCACCACCUGCCUACAACUCAGCUGCUGGACCUACAGCCAAGAACUACGGCACUUCUCGACCGAGCUUCACCCAGAAUUCGCCUAACGCAGUGACAACAAUCAGUAGGACCACAGAUGUUGGCAGGUUGCGCCGUGGAUAUUUCCGUCAGAGCUCUGAGCAGUUUGAGAGCACACGCACUAGAGGGCGCACACCAGUGCCCGAGAACCCUUACUCCGAGGUCGGCAAUAAGACGCUAUAUGUACCAGCUAAACCAGCUAGAAGGAAGGGAAUGCUUGUAAAGCAACCUAACGUUGAGGACAGUCCAGAGAAAACAUGUCAUGUGCCAUCCAGCCCCUCAGGCCCUGUUUCCAUGCCCACAACACCUGUCGAAAGGACAUGCUCCUCCAUCCCCAUUCCCACCAUUAUCGUUAAAGAACCUUCCACCAGCAGCAGUGGCAAAAGCAGCCAGGGUAGCAGCAUGGAGAUCGAGCCCACUACCCCAGAACAUCCCCCUCUAACACCUACCGUUGGUGUAAGUGGAGGUUUGCGUCCUGAGGACCCGCUGUCUCUUAACCCCUUCGCAGCAGCUAUUGCUGGAGCGGUGCGGGACCGUGAAAAGAGACUUGAGGCAAAAAAGAACUCAAUUGCCUUCCAGUCAAUAGACAUUGGAGAUGAUGAAAUGAGUGGUCCUGCACCGACUCCUCGUCUUCGCCAAUCCAAAUCCAUUGAUGAAGGCAUGUUCAGCAGUGAUGAACACCUACGAAGGAUAUUGGCCCCCUCUUCUAUAGUGCAACUUGGACCCCCAGUUGGUGGUGGUAGUGGAAAUAUGACAGAUUUCAACACGCCUGAGCCCACAGUGGUUCGGGAGCCUCUGAACACUAGAACAGGCCAGUGUCCCAAUCUGGACAGUCCAGUUAGUCUCCCAGCCACUCCUCCCAAAAGUCACUACAAGGCGAAUGGGACGUACCUCCAUCCUGUCACUGGGAAGCCCUUGGACCCUAAUUCUCCUCUCGCUCUGGCCUUGGCAGCUCGUGACCGGGCCAUGAAAGAGCAACAGAACCAUCCUCAAAAUCAGCCAACAAAUCCUCCUCAGGUUCACCAAACCCCCAAGCAUGAAGCCCAGUCCCUGCCACUUCAGCAGAGUCACAAACCGGACCUCAAUCAACCGCUUUUUAUUGACACCAAAUUACGCUCUGGCAUAGAGACCAGCUUUGCAGCAAUUUCCACGGCAACCAUGGGGCGACCAGGUCGAGGUGGCCUCCGGCGACAGAUGACCGAGCAGAAGUAUGAAUCUGAUGGAGCGCGGGAACAGCGGCAGCAUCAGACAGUUGAGGAAAGAAAAAGUGCGCCAGCAAAUGUGACAGACACAUCGCAGCCCAAGUCAACUGGCCUCUUGAUGGUCCACACAAGCACAGACACAACAAACAACAAGACAAACAACCAGGAGGUGGAAGUGCAGGAGAGCGACCGACCUUCUGAGCUAAAGGACCCUAACCAGCCUAACCCUCACAGUGCUCCAACCUUUUCCUCCAAAUCUCAGCAAGCUGCCUCACGGAGAAGAAGUGUUCCUUUAGGAGAAUCUUUGGAAGAACCUGUAAAACUGCCUUUCCGUAUCCCCCCUCCACCACUAGCAUCAGUUGACAUAGAUGAGGAAUUUGAGUUCUCAGAGCCUCUUCCCCCUCCGCUCGAGUUUGCAAACAGUAUAGACAUUCCUGAUGACCAGGCCAUUGCCAUUGCAGAAAUGAUUCAGCAACAGAGACGGAAUGGAGGACCUCCUUUACCCCCUUACCAUCCACACGCCCCUCCACCUGUCAGUGAUCACCACAAGCGGGUGCUAAACAGCAUGCCCCUUUCAUACCGUCCAGCUCCACCCGAACCAGAGUCAGGGGUGGCAGAUUCUGGCAUCGAUGAGGUAGACAGCCGUAGCAGCGGAGAUCCUCAGCCCAUGGAAACCACCAGCACUGUUUCCAGCAUCUCCACCCUGUCAUCAGAAGGAGGCUUCUGCGACAGCGCUUUGGAGAGUCUGUAUGCCACUGCAGAUGGACAUGCCUUCCUGGUGGACCGGCCCCCUGUCCCACCCAAACCCAAGGGCAAGUCUGUCAUUAACAGAACAUCACUUUAUCACGACGCUCUCAUUGAAGAGCCACCCGAGUCCUAUGGGUCACCACCUCAAGCGCCUCCCCCUCCCCCGUCAUCUUCUGAGCCUCCUAGGACUCCUUCUCAAAGGACAUCCAAGCUGUGGGGCGAUCAGCCCCCUGAGCUACGCAGCCCCCCAUCCACGCCAGACACCAAGAACACAGUGAUUACUGAGCUGAGCUCCAUUUUUCAGCACAUGAAUCGUGACAGGCCGACCAAGCCAGGAGAAGGCCUUGACUCCCCCACAGCGACCAGAGGGGGGUUCACAUCCAGACCCCCCACAGAUGACUCAGGAAUGCGUAACAACGCUGCUGCAGCUGCUCUCACCUCCACGCCUCCCAGCAGCCUCCCAUCCCAGGGGAAUCCCUGCAGCCCGCCGGACUCCGCCUCCUCGCUCACGCCCUGCUCCUCGCUGCCGCCCUCCGUGUCGCCCACCCUUACUGAUGUCUUUGGCCUGCCCACACCCCCUAUGGGCAGUGGCGGAGGCUACAGCCUCAGCUCAUCGUGUGGGGGCAGCGGGAGCUCGCGCUCUCCAUCCCCGCUCACAUUGAUGCAGGCGGUGGCAGCAUCUGGAAAACCCUUCGCCUCCAAGCCCAUGGAGCUGUGGAGCAAACACGACGUGGCUGACUGGCUGGAGAGCCUGAACCUAGGGGAACACAAGGACGCCUUCCUGGACAACGAGAUCGAGGGCGCCCACCUGCCCUCGCUGCAGAAGGAGGACCUGAUCGACCUGGGCGUGACCCGCGUGGGCCACCGCAUGAACAUCGAGCGGGCCCUCAAGCUGCUGCAGGACAGAUAAACUUCCCAGGAGACAGGGGGCGAUAUGAACAGUCAGCCUGAGGUGAGGGAGGUGUUUCCAGUCACGCUAGCCGAUCUCUUCAUCAGAUGUGGACGGGUAGAAGUUUCAUCCAAGCUGAAGCUGCCUCUUGCUGUUUUUGUCCUCUCAUCCUGCGUUGUCGCCCUCAUCUCAGUGCUUUGGUUCGUCCGCCCUCCUCCUCCCCCUGCCAUCCCGGGCAUCGGGGGGUGUGGAGGAACUGCAGGGGGAGUAAAGGGGACAGCUGCUAGGUCACAUGGCAGGAGGACAGUCUGAUGGACCGUCUGCGAGUUUCUGGAAUAUUUUGAACUCUGGAAAUAUGAAAGAUUACUCGUCUGGAGGUUUAUUUAACAGACUUGGGCUCUCCCCCCUCGCUUUGGAAUACAGAGACUUUUUCCGUACACCUGGAGUGGGUGCGUGAAGAACCAGCUGAGCUGGUCGUUGCUCCUUUUCUAUCUUUGCUAGAAUUUGUUCAGAGAAUAUUUCUUCACUAGAAUACUAACGGAGUUAUAUUUCUGGGUCCAUCUGCGGCUGUAGAGGAACAUUUUGAGAUAGACUUCUUCUUUUGUUGCUUUUCACCUGUUUGUGUCAAAAUUAGAGCAUCAGCUGAGACAUUAAACACACCAUGUCACCUGUCCACGUACACAGAGUUCAUGCACCGAGCCACGCAUGUGGAGAUGCACACUUUGUUUUCACUAAGAGCAUGCUCUCUCUCACACACACACACACACACACACACACAUAUAUAUUGAUGGCUUUUUAUCUCCUGAAAGAGUGUCAAGAAAUGAGGUCCAUUAUAUCCACAUCUGGAUGUCAGGAAAACCGAGAUGAGGACGAGGAGGAUUGGACCUUGAAGACUGUUUGCAGAAGACGUCCUUGUUCUUACUUCACUUUUCCUUCCAGCACUGUGUGUGCGUGUGUCUGUGUGUGUCUCUGUGUUACAGUUUAACCCAGAAAUCCCCGCAACCCGUUUAGCUAUUUUCAUGAAAUCUGCUAUGUAGGCCACAGUUUAGCAGAAGUAGAACUGUUCUUUUUGUGCCUCACUCGGUGUGAUCCGGUUCCACCUCACCAGUAACGGGUCAGCACUGCACUGUGAGCCCACAGUGACACCAACCUGUGCACAGGUCAUAGAAGAUCAGGUCUGGUUGAAUUGUUAUAGAAACAUUUUGGGAAAUACACAGAUUUGUUUUCAUGCCUUCAGUUUAGAUCAGGGACGUUGAGUUUUGUUUUUGGCAGUGAGAUUUCUCUCUUCAACAAAACUGAGUAAAGUAAAAUAAAUUAAACCCAGGUUGGCAUAUUUCUGCAAAAAACUAGUUAAAGGGAUCUAUAGUAAGAAACAGAAACUGAGACAUUGUAUCAGUAAUUAGCCUCACUGUGGAACACUAGUUACCUUAUUUUAACUUCAAAAUAAAUACGCCAGAAUUAUUUUUAAACAGAAAUUAUAAUUAUUACAUUACAUGUUGUUGCUGAAUAAUAACUUUGGAGGUUCUUGUUUGCUGAUGUUAAAUAAAAAGAAUCUAAAAGGACCCACAGCUGCUAAAGCUAAUUUGGUAGCUUCAAACGCACAAAAGUUAAUUGUUACGACCCCACUCGGUCUAGGGGUAGGAGGAAGUAAACAUUCAAACUAGGUGUUGUUGGUUUUAUGAAAGAAAGAAUAAUUUAUUUCUUUUUUAGUUCAGUUUCUGUUAUUUUUAACAAAACAAACAAAAGGAGGAUACUUAACAAAGUACAAACCGUUUGAAAAUAAAAAGGGGUAAAACCCAAAAUACACAAUAACCAUAAAUUUAAACAAAAUACACAACCUUCAGUAAUUUAACUAAAAAUAAUCCCCCAAAAGGAGGGACAAACUAAUUCAACAGUUUCCUAAAUCAAAAACGUCCCAGCUAACAACAAGCAAACAAACAAAUCAAGACAAAGCCCAAUCAACUUUAAAGAGACUCCUUUGAGCCAAGAUGGAGUCAUCAAGCAGGUGAGCACACAAAAAUAACCAAGCUUCAAAGUUUUACAACACCAAAGUCAGAAGUGGCGAGCUGUUCUGUCCAAAUACCAGCUGCCUUUAGUGGCAGGUGCAGAGAGUUUAUAUAAUGUAGUCCCUUCUUGAUUGGCGGCGAAUUCAGAAGAACCAGGAAAUGAAUAGUCCAACAUGAACUCCCGGAUUUAGCCACAUUUAGGUUGGCGUGCUUUGGAUUAGCUGUGCUAUGAUAAGCAAUUCAAUAUAUUUCUAGGUUGCCGUUAAAACUUUAAAUACAUUAAAGAUACGUUACAGUACGUCCAGGUUAUCCUGGGCUGACUUUUGGAUGAAGACAACAGACGUGGGUUUACUGCUGCUAAGUUUUUCAGAGAAGCAAUGUGAUUCUGGAUAUUUAUUUGAAUGUUUAUCACCAAGGGUUGUUUUUAUUAUUAAUAAAACUAAGGUGUACUUACUAAUGAUUUAUAUGAAAUAGAGCACAAACAAAGAACAUUUAACACAGUCUACAUCUACAGGGGAAAAGGCAUUAACCAUUAAAUUAUUAUGUAGGCUGUUAAAGGCUUAUUAAAAGUUAACUUAGUCUCUCUCUGGAGUUUAAAGAAAUGGUUUCACCGCCUGGAAUACUGGCUUCUAACACUUAGCAUUAAUUUAAGCGGCAUUUAAACUUUACUCGGCACCAGAGUGCUGCCUUAAUAGAAGACGUAGCAUGCCUUACUGUGGUUCAGAUCUUUUUGCGCCACCUCUUAGUAAACUGUAAAGGGUCUCUGGAGCUGCUGUUCAAUUUGGCCUAAAAAUUGUUCCGUUCUUCAAAAAUAUGGGGAGAAAAACAGAAUUCGAGUUACAAUGUGGACAGCAUUAGAUAUUACUAUAGGUCAGUAAAUCAAAGUGAGUUUAAAAAUGACAAGAAUCAUGUAUUAGUUGUGGUUGUGUAAAACAGAGCAACAUAAAAAUAUGUCGUUAUCCAUUAUACCAAAUCAGACAACAACAAAUUACAUUUUUGAAGGUUUAAUUGCAUCACUUUGUCAAUGUGGAAAUAAUGAAACGAUUAGACUAUAAUUCAACACAACUCUUGUCAUGUACCACACAUGCUGCACAGUGUUUGUCUAAAAAUGGCUGAUUAGCUUUAAAUCUUCUGUCUGUCAAAGACCAAUGUGUGUAUUUCCCAAAAUGUUGAGCUGUUCUUGGUUGCAUUUGAAUCCAGUUCUGUUGGACACUUUAUCAGCUUUUAACAGAUUUAAAUAGUAAAAAAAAAAAACAUGUUAAGCAGGUAGAGAAACACUUUAGCAGAGAAAGUCACAAAAUGACUGAAACGUUUGAGCACUGCUGUGAGAUUGGAGGUUAAUAACUGACCAGCUGGACCUGAAAGUCCAGUUUCAGAAGUGACACUUGGUUUCAGUAACGAUGGAGAUGGAACCAGCUCUAAAAGACAAGCAGGACGUCUUUGGAAUAUGUGAAAGGCUUUAAAAUGUUCUGCAAGUUGUUUUUUAGUUUUAGUGUCAGUUGAUCUGUGAGAUCAGCAGUUUUAAACUUUUAAAUUGAACCCUGAGUUCGGUUUUCCGCAGGAAUCGGCCUGAGAGCGGACCUGAAGGAGGCUGCAGUCGUGAGCUUAGAGGAGGGUUAGAAGUCGGUCUCUGUAACUUGGCUGGAGUUUGGAGUUUAAUAAUAUUUAUAGAGCUGAAGGUUGUUGUGUUUCUAAGGCACAGUAUGUGCUGAGACGUGUAUAUAAGAGUGUUUAAUGGGAUAAAAAUGUCUAUUUGGUUUUGUGUAUAGUUCUAUGAAAACGCUUAGAAGGUAAAAAGGAAGUUUAUGAGAGUAAAUUUAUAGUUUCAGGGCUGACCUGAUGACCAAAGCUUUGGUCUCUGCCACAUAGCCCAGUUCAGCCCAGCCUAGCCCAGCCCCGCCCUGCGCAUCGUCCUGCAGAGGAUGCCUUAAAAAGCUCGCUGCUCUCUUCCUCCACCCCAGCACCUCCAUCGUAGUGGAUUUUACCCGAGCACGCACCCCCACCUGCCGUUUGACCCGCUCUGACCCGUCUUCGUUUGGUUUCAUUUCACCCAUCAUGCAGCUUUUUCAGGAGACAGACAUCCACAACCUGUGUUCUGUGAACAUCAGCCGUACGGUGGCUGGCGUGGGACAAUGCUGCUAUAAUCCUGUUUUCAAACUCACAGCGGCGUGCUGGAGGCGGUAGAAAAGCACAGUAUUUUUAAAGAUUUGUAUAGAGUUCUAUGAAAUUUUAUAGAGGUUAUCUGAACAAAUACUGUUCAACACAGAUGCUUGGAUUGCCAAAAACAGAAAUAAUAUAUACGUAGAAUAAAAUGUGGAUUAUUAUUAUUACUAUUAGAUUUAUGGGUUAUGUAAGAAGCAAUAUUUAUUCUGAAUGAACCUCCUUAGUUGUGUUUUAUUUUUUCCAUUUUAUCAUGACGCAGUCACUCAUCAGUGUUUUAAUGACGUAUUGCCUAAAGUAGAAAACACUCUGCUGCAGUAGAUCUAAGAUAUUUUGGCCAAUCAAGUGUUUUCUGACAAACACCAUCUGCCUGAGUAGAGCGCCCUCUCAUGCGAACCCCCUCAGUGUAGAGAGUAGAAACUGAAGAAAACGUGUAUAUUUUCAAACCAUAAAUCCACCAUAAAAGAUUAGCAGUGGCUGGUUUUCUCUGUGGAGACGUAGAACAGAAUAGAUUUAGUAGGAAUCUUCACUGACCCACCAUCACCCCAUCCCUCCUUUUAAAACAUUGCUCCCACCUUCAUCAUCAUCAGACAUUCAGGUAACUUUUAGUUUCUCUUCCUUUAAUUUCCCAUGAAUAGAUUUUAUUCUUUAAGUCUUCAUUGAGGCUAAGAUGUUUUUGGUAAUUUGUGCAGAAAACUUGUGUUCAUGUUUUCUAUGUUGCUGUAACUUUGUGCUACUGAAUCAUCAUAGAGACGACUAAUUACUGGAACGAAGAGUAUUUUCCUGUAAAAUCACUCCCCCCCCCAUUCAAUUCCUCAAGGUUUCUUGUAUGGCAACCAAAAGUCACUGUAAGAAAUAAAUAUAAUAUUGCACUAGUGA